AUGCUUUCCGCACGUGACGAAAAAAAGCCAUACCGAGACCAGCUGGCAAGGUUGGGCGAUGAUCGGUUGCCACUGAGAGAGGUGCCUGGAAACAAGUUUCCAGCGGUCCGGCCGCAAUCGCAAGCAUCCAGCAGACAGGUUCCCAAAAGUGGAGAUGACUGGGCUUCAUGGCCCUUCCGAGAUGAGCGACAAGCAGACAGACCGUCUCCUUUGGGAAGUUGCGAGUCCGGAGGACCUCGCGCCAUGUCGGAGGGACAGGCAGAGAAUUCGCCCCAAAGUGAGAGCGAAUGUGAUCGUUUGAGAUCGCACUGUGAGGAGUUGCUACGGCUAAACGCCACAUUGAGACAACAGCAGUUGGAUGUGACUGUCGGGACGUAUUCCGUGAAGUUUGACAAUCUUCUCCGUGAAUUUUCGCAGCUGCGUGGUUUCCAGCAGACCUUGAGAACGGUGCUGGAGAUGGUCUCCCAAAACCGAAAGGACUUCAAAGAAGUGCUUCAAGCAGCAGCUCGGCCUUUUUUCGUCGGUUCAGCAGUCGUUACAUGGCUUGGCUUUGCCAUGACCUUCAUUGCACGGCCCUUUGGAGGUGUUGUGCUGGGCAUGGUCGGCGACCUCUUUGGACGGAAGGUCUCUACCUUUCUUUCGAUCUUUGGAAUGCUUGGUGGUACAGUACUUCAAGGCUUACUUCCCACGUUCCAGCAUGGGCCGGUUGCUGGCACCAUUGGCGUGUCUUUCCUGGUCUUCUUGCGCUUGCUUCAAGGGAUUUCUGCAGGUGGAGAAAUUGCAUCAGUAACCACCUACAUCACGGAGGUGUGCCAUCCUCGUGUCUUAGCCAGGACACUGGUUUUGAUGCCUAUCACUUCAAAUGUGGGCUAUUUCCUGGCUCAGCUCGUGAGCUUUGGUGCUGAAGAGUUCUUUGGAGAAGAUUCCAUGCACUCCUGGGGUUGGCGCGUUCCCUUCCUCUUAGCCGUUUUCCCAGGUGCGUUGGCCGCGCUGGGGCGUCGUAGCAUUCCCGAGUCUGAGCUGUUCCUGGAAGCCAAGGUGCAGUCGAGUAGCUCAGCUGUUUCAAAGACACGGCAACUGUUGGCUUCCUACUGGCCUCAAAUCAUUGUUGGAUUUGGAGCCGUAGCUGCUGUGUCCGUGGUGCUCUAUGGUGGCAUGACUUGGGGAUUGGUGUCAAUGAAGAAGAAGGGCCUGUCAAGUAGUUUCCGCAUCCUGGCAGGUUGUGGUGCCAAUUCCCUGGUGAUUCUCAUGGCGCCCUUGGUGGGUUGGGUCACAGACAUGCGAGGAGCCGCGUGGGUUCAGACCUUUGCUGGCCUUUGCAUGGCAGUAGUGGGGAUGCCACUAAUGAUGAUGAUUGAGUGGUCAGUGGUGUAUAGCCCCUGGUCAGCUGUUGCGCUCUAUUCACUGGGCUACAGCCUGUUUGGUGCAUUUCUCAUGAUGCACGUCCUACAGGUGGUGGAAUUAUUUCCAGUGGAGGUGCGCAAUGCGGGGGUAGGUCUCAGCUACAACAUUGGCGUUUGUAUCUUCGGCGGCUUUGCGCCGAUGGUCUUCGAGGCUGUUUCUUUCACUUCCUGGUUGCCUGGUUUGUUGCUUGCACUGAGCGGCCUGGUCACCGCGCUGACAACGUUGGUGAGCCUUAGAUUUCAAAGCAUGGGCAAGAUCCAGCUCACACACUUGAGGCAUGUGUCGCCGGUGUCGGAGAUGUCGCAGCUCAUGGCAUCGGCGCUGUCAGAGGUGAAGCUGCAGCUCCAAGACGACCUGCGACAGCUGGUGCAGGAGGAAAUGGCCUCUUUGAGGGAACAGCUCACCCGGAUCCAUGAAAACUCCACCCGGAUGGUGGGGCUCACCCUGGCCAACAGGAAAGACUUCGAGGAGCAUCGCUUUGCGCUAAGUAGCGGCAAGGUGGAUGAGACCUUAGAACUCUCGCGCGAAAACAGAGAGAAGUCGAUUGACAAGAAUGCGGAGACGAUCCUGUCGAAUAAGCGUGGCCCAUCUGAAUGUGGCACAGUCAUGGACAGUCAUGGAGAGUCCAAGCCUAGUCCUCUGGAGAAGGCCCAAGCAGAAGCCUUGACAGCGCUGGAAAAGGUUCAGGCCCUUCAAAAUGAGCUCCGGACGCAGGAGCACACACUGGCGGAAAAGGCCAGAAUCGAGCGAGAGAUUUUUGAAAGCCAAAGGCAUCAGGAUGCCAUGGAGGAAGAGAUGAAUCGUCUUCAAGACGAGUUGCAGGAAGGUCGGAAGGAGGAGAUGGACGACUUGAGUACCAAGAUUGAGGCGAUGCUCCAAGCAGUCGACACACUUCUCAGCAGAAUUGAUAAACCACAGGAAGAUCUUGCACAUCAACUGCGAGCCGUUACAGAGAUCACACGCAGAGGAAACUUGGAGAUCAAUCUCAACAAUGGUGAUGUGAAGCUGAAGCGAAGCAUCGUCUUCAAGAAACGCAAUCCUGGAGAUCAGCCCGAUGCACAGUUUGACAACGACAAAGAUGCCCAGGAGAUCUUGAAGGAUAUCGCAGAUCUCUGGCACAUGUUCUCAGUCCCUGUGGUGGUGGAGGGCCACACCAAGGAUAUUGGUGGCGGCAGUGACAAGUUCUGGAAAGAGGUGGCCAACAACCGAGCGUUGCUCUGCGCUUCUGUCUUGGAGGCGAUGGGUGUGGAUCGUGGACAAGUGGUAGCCAUUGGAAAGCCGGGCAAGUCAGGCAUCAACAAAGCUGCCUUGGUAGUUCACUUCGACAUUUUCCCUGAUCCGAUGUGUCUGAUUGAAUGCCUGAGGCUGGGCAUGGUUGGAACUGCGGAGAUAUCCGGCCGGGAAAGGAACGUGGUCCACUCCGUUGUGGGACCAGUGGUAGCCCGCUUGAUCGCCAUGGCUGUGCCACCAGGAGGAGCGCUCUUUGAACUAAUGAGUGGUGAUGAGUGCAUUCAGACCUUGCCAACGUUGACAGAUGUCGACAAGCCUCCGAGCCUCUCCAUGCUCGAUGAUUCCAAAUGGCGCAGUUGGCACGCAGAGUUGUCCGAGGUUGUUGCACAGUAUUGGAAUAUGGCGAUUCCCAUCGCUGUCCCCAUCUUCGGCUUCUUGGUAGUUGUUGCCGUGGCUGUUCUGCAAUUUGCAGAAGUAGUGACGCCUCCGAUUUGGUUGUUGCUUGCGCUCAUUGUCCCGUUCGUUCUGAUUUCCUUUCUCCUCCACUGCAUCAUCGUUGGCAAAAACGAAGAACUCGACAAGCAGAUCCGCGAGUUGUGCGCAAAGCUUUCAUCUUCAACUGAAGGAGCUGUGAAGGUGGAGUAUCGCACCAGAUGGACCGGUCUCUGCAAGCCCAAGCGCGCGCGCACGGAGCGUGACAUCGCCUUCGUCCCUUUGACGGCCGUCAGCGUCCCGGGUGCCGUAAGCGCUGUGAGCGUCCCGAACACCGUGAUGCUGACGGUGACGGUACCGCAGCUGGAGCCUGGGGUCAAUCAGAUCCAAAUUCAGACGCCCAGUGGUACCCAGAUCGUCGGCAUCCCUCCGGGACUCAGCCCGGGUCAGACUUUUACCGUCCAGCAGCAUGCUAUCCCGGCUAUCCCGGCUAUGCCAGUUGUCCAAGCGCAAGUUGUUGAAGCCAAAGUCGUCCAAGCUGACGCGCAAGUUUCCAACCAAGUCUAG